AUGCCCGGUCUUGGAGGAGAACGUGGUAGUGUUGGUGACCUCGGCCCCGAUGGACCCCCCGGUGACAUGGGUGAACCCGGCAUGCCGGGUCUUCACGGCUUGGAUGGCCUGCCUGGA